CCACUUUGCUCUUUCUCUUUAUUUUCGAAACUCUGUUAUUCUUUAAUCUUCUUUAACUUCUCCUCCUCGUUUCUUCUUUUAUCACUUUUCUUUAGUUUCAAAAUUCUCUUCUUUAGUUUCGAAACCACUCCUCCUUUCUUUAAUCUUCUGUAAUCUUCUAUUCUUUAAUCUUGCUUUCACUCAUAAAACCCUCUAUUCUUUUGUUUCUUAUAAAACCCUCAGUUCUUUCGUUUCUUAUUUUAUCACAAAUCAUCAACUGGUUUGGGUGUUGCUGUAGGAAGAAUCCAUCGACGACGCAAGGACUGGCUUGGUAAAGGUGUGCAACUUCGUUAGGAUACAGAACCUUUUCGGACGGCAAAGGUGUGCUUCUUCGUUACCGCAGAAAUGCAUGGGAAAUCAUGGGACCAGAUUGUGAGCGUUGACGAUUAUGGCCUUGGUGUAAGGGAGAGCUUGGUAGAGGCUGUUGGUGCUGUCAUUGACAUUCUUGGCAUGCAGCCCUGUUAGGGCACUGAAGUUGUACCAAGCAAUUCGAGGUCACACACAUGCCUGUUGUCUGGUGUGUUUAUAGGCAAUGUCAAGGUGCUUGUCCGGUUGUCAUUUGGAAUUGGGCCCAAGUAGGUUGCCAUGAAGCUGGCUGUUAGGUUUGAAGAUCAAACAGUCAGUGAUGCCAUCCAUGAGAUCAUUGCCAGCGGCUGAUGGUAGCAGCUUUCAUAUUGUUGGACUUGAUUUUCGCCUUUUUCUACUCCUUGGUUAAGUGAGACUUGAUUUCUACUUCUUGUCUACCUCCCCACACUUGUUAACACACUCUUACCUCUCUAGAAUUAAAGGAAAAUUUAGGAAGCUGCACAAAAGAGUAAAUAAACUAAGCUUGUUCUGUUGGUGUUACAGAAUCGCCUUGGACUUGCUUGACGUGAUGUUGAACAUGGUAAAGGAGGAUACUUCACAUGUGUGGAUGGAGACAUUUGAUCAAAUUUUACAUGCCAUUUUUUUUGGAUUGAGUUUCAUGUAUUUAAGAACAUUGAAUUUGUAGCAAACACAUGGAUGUUAAAGCACUUUGAGAUAUAGUUCAUGUAUUCAAGAACCUUUUAAUGAAAUUUUAAAUUCAAGUUC